AUGGAGCGCUCUGCGGCCGACAGGCUGGCCACGGCCGCGGCUAGGGGCCGUGCGGAGGAGGUGCGGGCCCUGCUGCAGGCGGGGGUGCCGCCCAACGCACCGAACCGCCUAGGCCGCCGUCCGAUCCAGGUCAUGAUGAUGGGCAACACCCGCGUGGCCGAGCUCCUGCUGCUCCACGGCGCCGAGCCCAACUACGCCGACCCGGUCACCCUCACCCGACCGGUGCACGACGCCGCCCGGGAGGGCUUCUUGGACACGCUGGUGGCGCUGCACCGGGCCGGGGCGCGGCUGGACGUGCGCGACGCGUGGGGCCGCCUGCCCGUGGACCUGGCUGAAGAGAAGGGCCACCUCGACGUCGCAGGGUACCUGCGCGCGGCCGCGGGGGACUCCGAAGGCGGUCUCCACGCCAGCGCUAGGGCCGCGGAAAGUCCCUGAGAUGGUCACCACUCCAAAAAAAAAAAUCACUGAGACCUGGCUACCCUGAGAUGCGAAGUUGGAACACAGCUGCAACCAUCCCCACCUCGCGCUGUUCUCCCCUGCUUUCUUAGUUCCAACUUAAAAAAAAAAAAAAAUGAAAUGCUUUUUUAAAAAAACCUCUAUUUGCCUUCCCUUGCUUUGUCAAUUCCCGUUUAUACAAUUCCAUAAAGAACUUGUUUUAAAAAGAAAGCAACAGUGUUGUCUGUACCUGCUCUUUCCAGGGUUGGCGGAUUCCAGCUUGACCACCCAGGCUUGGAGCACUUACCCACCUGUGUAUACCUUCUGUUAUGGAGUAUCACAGCUGCCCAGUGCUCCUGACCUUACUCUUUAUGAAUUAGAAAAGCUUAAAAGGGGUUGUGGCUUUUCCUGGGUCCAACUGCGAGCAGUUGGUAGUUAACACUCAGAUUAAGAAGACUAUACUU